AUGUCUAAUUGGAGUUCUGAUCAAGAAAUUGAAGAAAUGGUAGAGGAAGAGGUUGAUAGUUUAGUGGAUGAGAUUCAAUACCACGACACUCACCCGACAGUACCACCAGCUCCAAUAAUCCGAAGAGUGCACAUUAAUAGAGACCGCUAUGAAGGCCACACUCGACAAAGGCGAGAUGCUUCUGGAAGGCUCGGUUUUUCUGCACUUCAAAAAUGUACGUCAGCUAUCCGUAUGAUGGCAUACGGAUGUGCGGCAAAUGCGAUGGAUGAAUAUUUACGACUCGCUGAAAUGACCGCCCACAAAUGCCUUCUCCAUUUUGUUGAGGGAGUUAUAAAUCUGUUUGGAGACGAGUAUCUCAGAAGACCUACAGCGGAAGACCUCCAACGAUUGAUGAAUAUUGGAGAACAUCGUGGUUUCCCCGGAAUGGUAGGGAGCAUAGAUUGUAUACAUUGGGAGUGGAAGAAUUUUCCCACUGCGUGGAAAGGACAAUAUUUACGUGGAUCUGGAAAACCGACAAUCGUACUAGAGGCUGUGGCAUCACAAGAUUUAUGGAUUUGGCACGCAUUUUUUGGACCACCAGAGGGCCGAGCUCCGAGAGUUACAUACGUUGUCAAUGGACGACAAUACAACAUGGCGUACUACCUCACAGACGGUAUCUAUCCGAAAUGGGCUACUUUCAUCCAAUCCAUUACACUUCCACGUGGCCGAAAAGCAAAACUCUUUGCUCAAAAUCAAGAAGCAUGUCGUAAAGAUGUAGAGCGUGCAUUUGCAGUUUUGCAAGCAAGAUUUGCAAUCGUGAAAAAUUCCGCACUUUUUUGGAUAAAGGAAAAAUAG